CGCGCCUGUUGUUGAUUGGCAGUCUGUUGCUCGUUGGCUGCAUCUUCCGCUAAGGAACCUCGGCAUCGGAAGUCCAAAAAGCUGACUACCGAAUUAAGCUUUCCACCCGCAUUUCGUCCAUCUCACCUCCGGCUCUCCCUCUCGAAGCUCCAACCCCCCAAGGUUCUUUUUUCGUGGCUUCUUGAUCUGUAUCGUUUCCUUGAAAAUUUCAUUACAUUUGCCGAUUCAGGGCGCGAUACGGCCUGCUAAGCUGGUGUAUGAGGCCAAUAGACACGAUGGGGCGGGAAUUGCAGCAUGUGCCAGAAUCGCAAAAGGACCGGCGGAGGAAGACCCGUUUCUUGCGACAACCGACGAACAGGAAACCACUUUCGGGCCGUUUAAUUCUUGAUCAUAGAAUAAAAGGCGAUAUUGGUGUGCUUUCCGAUGAUUUGGUUCUUGACCUUUUCCCUCACUUGAAUACAAGCGGAAAUAUUCCCGAUACAUUAUACGUGGCUGUGGCUCCAUGGAUACCGCGAUUUUCUGCGGUCGAGGAUAUCACUUGGACAAUCAUCCCGGUUCGCACCCAGUUCAACGAUAAGUCAAAGGCUGCUACGACGAUAUCACAUUCGACUGUGCAUUUUCCAGUCACUGGAAAUUCCAUUCAGUCCUUUCUCCAAGCUUUGCAGACUGUUGACCCGCCGAGAAACUCGCUCCUUGCACAUCGUGGAAUCGAAAUUUACAUUUUGGACGUUGCCCCUCUUCAUCUUGAUACUGUCUAUGUAACGGUUGAGAAAAAUCUAUUGCGCGAUUUUGAUGAAGUGCAAAGCCGAUUCGGCGGCGGAUUCAAUGGUGAAAGUGGUCGUCUAUGGACAAAAGGGAAAGCGAACUCGCUUGUCCCAGUUCGAGUAGCGGAAACGAACUCAAAAGAGGCACGAACGGAGAGAGAAGAACGGCUGAUGGCCGCUGUUAGAGGAGCACUGUCUGCUCAGAAGAUUCUACACGCGGGUGAUGUUAUGCCGCUUCCCUUGCCUCCUCACCCAAUCACCCAUAACCCUCUUCCUCCAGCGAGAAUAUCCUUCUGUGAGCCCGUUUCGCAGGGCUUUCUGGUCCCCACAACCAAAGUUGUGCUCAUCCAAAGUCGGUCGCAGCAGCAAUCUCGGACUACUAAAGGUUUAACAUCUCCCCGAUUUAACCUUCUAAAUCAGGUCGCGGAAGAUGAAGGGGAAGACACAAAUGAGCAGUUUUACUCCGCGGCUGAGGACAGGCCAGUAGAGAGUGGCACGGAUUUCGAAAGCGCAAGUCCACCAGACGAGUCAGAUACGGAUGCAUCUGUCCAUAGUCUAAGUGAAAUGUCCGAUGAUUCAUUGGAUGACAUGAUUUCGCUGGCCGCUCCUGAGUUGCCUCAGCAGCCCUCUGGGGUGAUGUCGGUCUUGUCAUCAGCGACUCCUCGACCGGGCGGAAAGCGAUACGAUGUCCACACUCCGGGAUCGGUUCUCUCUGGCUUUACAUCCGGUACUGCACGCCAGGGAAGACUCGGAGGGAAAGUUUUCCGUGCGGAAUGCCUUUUGGACAAAAUUUCGAACGAGAUUCUCCACCCAAAACCACGAGAUGACGAUGACAUAGAGGCAUUUGUGUUCGUCGAUGUGCAGGCUCUUGUGAAAAUUGGCUGCUUUUCUGGGGAUUGGGUUCGAAUUGAAGCUUCUGAGGAGCCCCAGCGCAAUAUGCUCGCCUCCUUGAAGUUUGGAAGUCUGAAUGGAUUGGGAGAAACCGGAGAAUCCGACGACUGGAGGAUCGCGAAAGUCUACGGAAUUUCGGGGCUUUCACCACCCAAAUUGCGCUACUCGAUAAACCACGAUAGACGAUCAAGCAUCUCACACAUGCCCUCUCAUAGUUUGACACCUACCGUUUUGGUUCCACCUAUUCUGCUUCAUAACAUGCAGAAUCCUAAAUAUCUGAAAUUAUCACCAUUGCCCACGCAUACGCCUCACCAACCUCAUACAGCCUCGCGGCUUGGUCCAAGCCAGCAAAAAGGUGGUUCCACCAAGGCACCUCCGGUCGCUAAAGAAGUUACGUUGUUAAAGAUUUCGACACCGCUUUCUAUGAAUAGAGCAUUACAGCCUGCACUUUUCGGGGCUCUAAAGCGCCAUUUCGAAUUGAAACGACGCUUAGUCAAGAGCGGUGAUAUUGUCGGCAUUAGUGUGGACGAGGGAUUGGGAAAAACCAUCUUCUCAACGAGUAAGGCACCCGAAGCUGCUGGUCAGGAUGAGGAAUUAAUGGCGCAACUUGAAUUUUCCUCUGAUUCUGCCUCUUGUACACCAAGCGGAGCAAAGAAAAUUGGAGUUGCUUGGUUCCGGGUCAGUCAUGUUGCAACGCCAACCGGAGAGACUGCCGAUGUUUUAGAACAAGAACAGUGGGGUGGUGUGGCGAUAAUUGAUUGUCUCAACACCAGGAUGGUCCAAGCUGGAAGCGAGAUCGGCACUGUGCCAAAAACUCACGGAAACACUUGGGAGUACUGGCUGGGUGUGAAGUCACUCCCACGUUCCAAUACUGAACAGCCAGGGGUUCGCGGAACUUUAAUGGAGCCGCCGAGGAAACAUAUUUCUCAAACACAGCGGCGAGUACGGGAUCUUAUAGCUGCAGCUACGAGCCCUCGAGCUAUUCAGCUUGGCAUGAAACCAGUCGUCAUCCUUUUGACUUCUACGCAGCGGAGCAUUGGGAAAUCAACAGUUGCACGCAAUGCAUGUGCAGAUAUAGGCCUCCACACUUUCACAAUUGAUGCUUACGAUAUCCUUGCGGAAGGUGGAGCGAACGGUGGAGAUGUGAAAACCGAAGCAUACUUAAAAGCGAGGGCAGAUAGAGCCUUUGCAUGUGGUGCAGACUGCACUGCUCUUCUAAUUCAACAUAUUGAGGUUUUGACCGCGGAUAGGAUGGUCACAGCGAUGAAAGAAAUUGCUACUGAUGCUAGAGCCGUCAUUGCGACCACUACAGAUGUGGAGAAAAUUCCGGAGGGAAUUCGAAGCUUGUUCACACAUGAAUUGGAAAUGACCGCUCCGGAAGAAAAGGAAAGAGAGGGCAUUCUCCAGAACGCCGUCGCAGAUUUGGGCGUGAGACUUUCCCCCGACGUAGAUCUUUCUUCGGUUGCGGUGAAAACAGCUGCGUUGGUCGCUGGUGACUUAGUCGACGUGGUCGAAAGAGCGGUGGCUGCACGGACGCUCCGGCUGGAGAAACUUGCUGAAGCUGCUGCCUGUAGCCCUGAAGGGUCGAAGGCUACGGUUAUAGAUGUUGAGAUUUCCGGCGGGGACGCGGCGCGAUGCGUCACGAAGGCUGACUUCGAUGCAGCUGUCGAUGCCGCCCGUAAGAACUUUGCUGAUUCCAUUGGCGCUCCGAAGAUUCCUAAUGUCACAUGGGAUGACGUUGGUGGUCUGACCAAUGUAAAGGAUGCUGUGAUGGAGACUAUUCAACUACCUCUAGAACGACCGGAGCUCUUCGCAAAGGGAAUGAAAAAGCGGAGUGGUAUAUUGUUUUACGGCCCUCCUGGAACUGGAAAGACAUUACUGGCCAAGGCCAUUGCUACCGAAUUUUCGCUCAACUUCUUCUCCGUUAAGGGCCCGGAGCUGCUUAAUAUGUAUAUUGGAGAGUCGGAAGCGAACGUCCGACGUGUGUUCCAGCGUGCAAGAGACGCACGGCCUUGCGUUGUUUUCUUCGAUGAGCUCGACUCAGUUGCGCCCAAGCGUGGCAACCAAGGUGAUAGCGGUGGUGUUAUGGAUAGAAUUGUCAGCCAACUGCUUGCCGAGCUUGAUGGUAUGAGCAGCGGUGACGAAAAUGGCGGUGGCGUUUUUGUCAUUGGUGCUACUAACAGACCGGAUCUCUUGGAUGCUGCUUUGCUCCGCCCCGGUCGUUUUGACAAGAUGCUCUACCUAGGUGUCUCGGAUACCCAUGCCAAACAAACCACUAUCUUGGAAGCGCUCACCCGAAAGUUUACCUUAGACCCUGAUAUUUCGCUGGGGCGCAUCGCAGAGCGACUACCGUUUACAUAUACUGGAGCUGAUUUAUAUGCACUCUGUUCUGAUGCUAUGCUCAAGGCCAUCACGCGCCAAGCUUCAGCCGUGGAUGAGAAGAUCAACGCACUUCCCGGCGGCCCUGUAAGCACAGCAUACUUCUUUGAUCAUCUUGCAAGCCCGGAGGAUGUUGCGGUUAUGGUAACGGAGGAAGAUUUCUUCGCGGCGCAGCAGGAGCUAGUUCCAAGUGUUAGUGCAAAAGAACUAGAGCACUUCGAGCGCGUGCGCCGUACAUUUGAGUCUGUGGAUACGGCGAAGAAAUCUGAUAAAGAGCGAGGGAAACUUGCUCUGACGAAUGGUUCGGCUAAAGGCCCCUCGCGUAUGAAUGGGCUCGCUGUUUCACAAGUUGAGCACCAGCCAGACGGAAAACUAGAAAUGCCGAAAGACAAUGAUGAUGACGAUGAAUAUAUCAUCCGGACCGACCACUUGAAGGAACCAACAGAAAAGGAUUAUUUCCCCUCAUCAGACGCGUCGAAAUAAAUGGAAAUGACAUUAUAUGCACAUCAGGAUAGUGCG